UGAUUAAUCACUUUCCUGCUGUCCCUCACUGCACACCUGCACAUACGGAAAAGAUGGCAACGAUCACGAUUUCGCUCCCCCUACCGGUCCUACCAGAGGGCUGGACCGCAGAGAAAGACUUCAAAGCUGUUGGCGAAGUUUCCGCAGCAACAAACCGCAGCAUCGAACCUGUUGGCCCUCACUUCCUUGCUCAUGCGCGAAGAAAGCGUCAUCGACGCACGUUCUCCGAGGACGACCGUAUCCAAGCCCAAGAAAAUGUGAAAAGUGUUGAAGACCAAGAUGCUGGAGAAAUUAGUGAGCCUGAAGAUCAAGUCAUGUUGCAGCGUGAGGCAAAGGACUGGAAGGGGCAAGACCACUAUGCUGUGCUUGGGAUCACGAAAUACAGAUGGAGAGCCACAGAGGAUCAGAUCAAGCGCGCCCAUCGGAAGAAGGUCUUGAAGCACCACCCCGAUAAGAAGGCUGCUGCUGGUGGUACUGAAGACGACCAAUUCUUCAAGUGUAUUCAGAAAGCCACCGAAGUUCUCUCUGACCCAGUCAGACGUCGCCAAUAUGAUUCGGUCGAUGAAGCUGCUGAUGUCGAGCCCCCUACCAAGAAGCAAACCCAGAAGGGCAACUUUUAUAAGCUUUGGGGACCCGUUUUUGCUGCCGAAUCUCGUUUCUCCAAAAUACAGCCCGUUCCUCAACUCGGCAACGAUAAGAGUACAAAGGAAGAAGUCGAUGAGUUUUACAAUUUCUGGUACAACUUUGAUAGCUGGAGAUCGUUUGAGUAUCUCGACGAGGAUGUCCCAGACGACAAUGAGAGUCGUGACCAGAGGCGUCACAUGGAACGCAAGAACUUGAACGCAAGAAAGAAGAGAAAGACAGAAGAUUCUGCUCGUCUGCGAAAGCUUGUGGACGAUGCUCUAGCUCUUGAUGAGCGUAUCAAGAAGUUCAGACAAGAGGAGCACGCCCGCAAGAACAAAAAGCGUCUAGAACGCGAAGCCGAGCAAAAGAAGGCUGCUGAGGACGCUGCAAAGGCAAAGGAAGAGGAGGCAAAGAAGCAGGCCGAGAAAGAUGCUGCUGAGAAAGCGGGUAAGGCAGAUGCGAAGAAAGCCAAGGAGCAGGCGAAGAACGCAGUUAAAAAGAAUAAGCGUGUCAUUCGCGGUGCAGUGAAGGAUGCCAACUACUUUGCGACCAGCGGAGAUGCAUCCGCAAGUCAAAUUGAUGGAGCUUUGAACGACGUUGAUCUACUUAUCUCCAAGCAGGACCCUGACGAGUUAGCUGCAUGGACGGCCAAACUCGAUGGUAAGAAGGAUGCUGUCAUCAUCAAGCAGAUCUUCGACGAGGAGGUGAAGACUCUCAAGGACGCCGGCAAGAUCAAGGAUGGCGAGCUGAAGACUUUGUGAGCAUGUACUGACAAGGAGAUUACUUGGUAGACUUUAUGGUUAUGUACACGUAACUCUCUCAACAUUUGCCGUAGAUAAAAAGCCAACAACCUUUGUUUUGUCAAACAGGUUCGUGAAGUCCUUUAUACGCUGUAUAAAGUCAUAAACCAGAUAUUGUCGUAG